AUGUUACUCAAAUCCGUCCUGACAUCUGCUCUCCUAGCCCUUUCACUGGGGUCGGAUCUGGUGACUGCUUCCAAACACGGACGCUUUGCAGAGAUAGCACGUGCACCACAGGAGAAGGCCAAACGGGCAGUUGAGGCUCGUAAUAACCACAAGCAUGAGAAAUCACCCAAGGAUUACCGUUUCCUGAACAAGAAGACUAAACAUUACCUCGUGGACUCCCUGCCGGAUGUUCCAUUUGACAUCGGCGAGAUGUAUUCUGGUCUGGUACCAAUCGAUAUGGAUAAUAGCUCCAGAGCGCUCUUUUUCAUCUUCCAGCCUACCAUCAACGAGCCUGUAGAUGAAGUAACUAUCUGGCUUAACGGAGGCCCUGGCUGCAGUUCGAUGGAGAGUUUCUUGCAAGAGACUGGUCAAUUCAUAUGGCAACCUGGUACUUUUGCCCCAGUGGAGAACCCUUAUGCUUGGGUUAACCUGACCAAUGUGCUGUGGGUCGACCAGCCUGUCGGAACAGGCUACUCUAUCGGCACCCCAACUGCUGUUUCACAAGAGGAGACAGCACAAGACUUUGUCAAGUUCUUCAAGAACUUCCAAAAGAUUUUUGGAAUCAAGAACUUCAAGAUCUAUGUCACUGGUGAGAGUUAUGCUGGACGUUACGUGCCCUACAUCUCAGCUGCGAUGCUCGAUGAAAAAGACAAAGAAUAUUUCGAUCUAGAUGGUGCGCUGGCAUACGACCCAUGCAUUGGACAGUUUGACUAUGUGCAGCAAGAAAUUCCCGUUGUUCCCUUUGUCCAGAAAAACGCGAAUCUGUUCAACUUCAACGAAUCAUUCAUGGCGGAGCUCGACAAGAAGCACAAGUCCUGCGGAUACGAGGAGUUUAUUGACGAGUACCUCACUUUCCCGCCACCCGAAGCCCAGCCGCCCAUGUUAUUCAACUACACCUCAAACGCCGACUGUGAUUUGUUUGAUCUAGUUUACGACGAAGUAUUCCACAUCAACCCAUGCUUCGACCUCUACGAGAUCAAUCUGAUGUGCCCGCUCCUCUGGGACGUUCUGGCCUUCCCCACGUCGCUCGACUACCAACCAGCUGGAGCAACCGUCUACUUCGAUCGCCCCGAUGUUAAGAAAGCGCUACACGCACCCAAGCAGGCUUGGCACGGAUGUUCUCUAGAGCCCGUGUUUGUGGGUGGCAGCGCCGGCCCGGAGCAAGAAGGCGAUAUUUCGGCGAACCCAAUCGAGCAUGUCCUGCCGCAGGUGAUUGAGGCUACUAACCGCGUUCUCAUUUCCAACGGUGACUUUGAUAUGGUUGUCAUCACCAACGGCACGCUCCUAGCCAUCCAGAAUAUGACCUGGAACGGCCAUCUCGGCUUCCAGGAGAAGCCAAGCACUCCCAUCGAUAUCAAAAUGCGGGAUCUCUUGUACGCCGAUGUCUUUGCGGAAAAUGGUGCCUCUGACCUCGAUGGGCCUCAGGGUAUCAUGGGUGUUCAACAUUAUGAGCGUGGCCUGAUGUGGGCUGAGACUUACCAGGCUGGUCAUAUGCAACCGCAGUACCAGCCUCGCGUGGCUUAUCGUCACCUCCAAUGGCUGCUCAGACGCACCGAGAAACUCUAG